AUGUCGUCGCAUUACCAGCCUCUGGUGCAGCCAACUCUCGACUGGGCCGACCAUUCACCUUCUUCCUCGGGCAAUUCUGCGCUUGAUAUGACCAUCCUCGAUUCGCUCAUGCAGGAUCUUUCGCAUUACAGACCUAUCCUUUCUGAGCCCGCAAGCGCCGACCUACCAGCAACCCCUUCCACGGAACCACUUACAGCGCAGUCAGACCGGCCCGAGGCGAAGAAGAGAAGCAAGAUCUGGACCGAAGAAGAGAAAAGAGCCUGGAUCAAGCGCCGUAUUUCGUUCAAGAGCUUCGGAGGCCCAGAGUAUCUCCGUAAGUCCGAAUGGGUCUUUCCCGACGAGCCCUGGUUAAAGUUGAUGUCCCCCAUUAUCUGGGAAAACCAGAAAGCGAGAGACUUGAUCAACUCGCAGAUCUUCGAUGGAAAGCUGAGAUUUAUCGAUUUGAAGGCGCUUCCAGGGAUGGGCGCUACCAUCCGCAGGAAGACAGCUGCCAUGCAUCCAAGCCAGAGGCUACCAUUUGUGCGCAUUCCAGCCGAGACCCUCGGGCUGACCGGGAAAGUUAGUGGACCGUAUCGAGUUCAUAUUUCGGAUCACGGGUAUGAAGGGAAGACUAAGGGUACCAAGGUGAAAGGAACCGCCCUCGAGGGCAAAGCGUAUCUAGGCUUCUUUGGGCUGCCCGAAAAUCAACCCCAGCACAAAGUUUCGAUGUUCUUUUUCGGCAUGGGCUUCCUGCCCGACUCGGAGAAGGAGCAUGUGGAUCGAUUCUUGCAGCAGAAGGAGUUGGAGGAAACUUUGAGGCAAGGUGUCUCUCGUUAG